CUCAGACAGUAGACGAGUAGGUGAUCUCAACUCACUAGCAUUGCAAGCUUUCAGGGGUUCAAAGGACGUAAUACAUUGUUUCUGUAAGUGAUUAACUGUCCCCGCACACCGCCCCGCCUAAUGCACACUCGAACUCCAAAGCCGGUGGAAAUGAAUCGACUGAGCACCUUGUGGUUCAUCGUAGCACUUCUGGUGCAACUCCGUGCAACAUCUGUCGUUGGCAUCCGACCUUCAUGUCAGGAACUACCGCCCAAACUGAAAGGCGCAGAGACGUAUGAGCUGCGACCCAAGGAUGGUUAUUUCACUCUGGUGGAUCACGGCUGCACCAGUGCAGAGUUGGGAGAGCAUUCUAAUGAAAACCUCAAGGGUGUUCACCCCAUGGACAGCGAGAGGGCGAAGGGUGUCGGUCUUCCCCACGUAGUAACAGGAUCAAAUUCAAAAGAUACCCUCCAAGCCCAGCAGUUGCAGUGGCCAGAGGCCGAAACCAAAAGGCAAGAGCAAGGUGGAGGUGACAGUCGUCGUGUCCCGAAGCCUGCUAAGUUCGGGGGCGAGGCAUCGAAAGAUGUGGUGGUGACGGUGGAAGAAAAGGCGCUGCCUGUGGAGCAGGAGAAGGAAAGGGCGAAGGAGAGGGUGGUGAUAUUGGAUGCUGGGGAGAGGAAAAAGCGGGGUGACGCUGAUGAUGAUAGUGUUCCUGAGUACGUUCUCGUGAGGGCUCCCAAGAUGGAUCGAGUGUCGAAAUCUCAGGACCAGAUGGUGACCAUCAGUCUCGAGACGCUGAACGGCCUCAUCAAAGGCAGUCUCUUCCCACCUUCUGGUCCGAACAUGGCCCAUAACUGGUACAUGGCGGAUCUUCCUGAGCGCAGCAUCUACAAAGACCCUGUCGCCGUCGCCGACCAGAUGCUGCUUGUGCGCGUCGUGCCUGCUGACAAAUCCAUGCUUGACAAUGCCGCAGCUGCAGACCUGGAUGCCCUUCCCGGUUUCCAGGAACUUCCAGAUGGUACAUUCCGCAUCAAAGACUGAGAGAGCGAAUCGAGCGCUCGCCCCUGAUCGACCAAAGCAUAAAGGAGGUCAGAAGAUCCACACACACACACAGAGACAUGCGUGUCAAUCUGGAUCGAUCUGGUUGUGAAGCUUCCAACCUUGCGCUGCGCUGGAGUCAAGAUCAGCAGGUAGCCUGAGGAGAAGUCCUCAGAGUUGGUAGGAUUUCUAAUAUCGAAACUCAAACAGGAGACGAACCGAAUGAAUGCGCAUCCGUAAGAAAAUCUUGCGAAUUAGAUCCGCCCUGAAUUUAAUUCGCAAUUAAUGGGACUGUGACGGCUACAGCCUUUGACGACACUAUUGCAAGUGGAGAUUGUAAGUGUUACUGGAGAGUUUGUCGCGAGAAAAACGUCUUGGACAACGGUCGCAUUUGAACACCCUUCUAUCUCAUUUUUGCAAUUUUUAUUGGC